UUGUCGAUCUCAACAGGCUUGUGGAAUUCGUUCUGCCCCUCUAGUGUAUGAAAUACAAAUAAGUUUUCCUGCUCCCAACCAAAACCAUAGAAAUCAAUUUCGUAAUUUUGAAAAUCUAUAAUAUGGAGCAAGUGCUAUCGCGUCGUCGUAAAACGAAGAACAAGGGUGCCAAUCGAUUGUGCAAAAUAUUGCCAGAUCUAAAGUGCAAGAGCCUAGCUGGCUUUGGCCGUCAACUAAAGGAUCAAAUGUCCUUUAUAAUUCCUUCCUCCGGUUUCUUUAAGGACUCUAUGCGAUUUAUGAAGCGCUGCACUAAGCCGAAUCGUCAGGAAUUUAGACGCACCUGCAUGGCCAUCGCCGUGGGAUUCUUCAUUAUGGGUACAAUUGGGUUUUUGGUUAAACUGAUGCAUAUACCAAUUACCAAUAUAAUAAUGGGUUGAGACAGUAAUCUGAAUGUAAAUAAAGCUGCCAUUAGAGACUGUUCUUCUCUGAGAA